AUGAAGAGAGAUGACAGUAACAUUAAAGAUGUGUGUGAUGGUGCACUCUACCAAAAGGAGUUUAAGCCAGGUGGCUUCCUCUCAGAACCAUACAACAUCUCUGUUAAGCUUAACACUGAUGGUGUGGCAAUAUUUCAUUCAUCGCAGUUUGGAGUUUGGCCACUGUUUCUUCCUGUCAAUGAACUCCCUCCAGCAAUGAGGAGAAAUAACAAGUUCAGGGUGUUUGGUGGCCUGUGGUUUGGAGAAGAGAAACCUUUCUUUUCUAAGUUCCUUAAACCAUUUGUUAACACUUUGCAAGAAACAGAAAUUAAUAGAAUUGAAGUGGUACUUCCAGAUGGACUGGAAGCAAAAUCUAAGAUCAAGGCUCUCUCAAGCCAUUUUGAUCUUCCUGCCUGCACUGGUGUCUUAGAACAGGUCUCUGGCUUCAAGUCCCCCAGUCCCUUGUUACAGCUGCCAAGUUUUGACACUGUUAAUGGAAUUGGUAUAGAUUCCAUGCACUGUGUGUUCCUUGGGGUGGUAAAACAACUAUUUGGUUUGUGGUUCAACUCAAAACACAGUGGGCAAAGGUGGUAUUGUGGAAAUAGUGUUGAGAAAGUUGAUAUGUGCCUUUUGGAGAUAAAUCCCCCCAGUGUCAUCACCAGAGUUCCUAGGAGUAUAGAACAUCAUGUGUCCUGGAUGAUGAAUAUUAUCAGCACUAUGCUUUAUUAGUUGAUGGAAUUGUCUUACUCUCAGGAAGAUCCAUAUCCCCAGAACAACUUGAAUUGGCUGGUAAUCUCUUGAUCCAUUUUGUGGAGAUGCUUGAUGCAUAUUAUGGUUCACGGUAUGUUCUUAUGAAUCAGCACAUGUUGCUGCACUUGAAGGAAUCUGUCCUCAAUCAUGGUCCCCUCUGGUCUAGUUCUCUUUUUGUAUUUGAGGACUGGAAUGGAGACAUCAGCAACUACUUCCAUGGGACUCAGAACAUAGCUGGCC